UUUCCUAUUUGCUGAUAUUUUCUCUGUCCUCAUCAUGCCCCGUUGCCAAACAAAAAAGCCACGUUGACGAACUGGACUGAAGUCUACUGCUGCUGUUUUCCCCAGAAAAAUAGAUCUAAACGAGCGUUUUUCACUCUUCCGAAAUAUAUAAAUUAGAUUACAGAUGUCUUCGCCUCCGAAGGAAAGAAUCGAGACCAAAGGAGGACAUCUCCCGGCUGUGAAGGCAGGGGGGAUGAGGAUCGUGCAGAAGCACCAGGGAGCAGCUCCACCUGAGCCGCCUCCUGUCAAGGACAAGGACGACGAGGAGUUUGUGGAGGAGCCUAGCCCACCAAAGCCCACUGUGGUCGUGUCAGGAGUGGUUACAAAGGGUGAUAAGGACUUCACCCCGGCGGCAGCCCAGGUAGCUCACCAGAAGCCCCAGCCGUCUGUCACCAAGAUGCCCCAGAACCAGCACCUCACCCAGCAAAUCCACCAGCCCCGCAAGUGAGGCUACCGCCAAGCUUACCAUCCCUCCGCUAACUCUGCUACAGUUGGCCCCACAAGGCGCCAGCAAUCUUCCCAGACACAGCUCUACGGUCAGUUUUGUGUUUACCCCCAUCCAAUGGUUAAGUAAGGAUUUGAGGAGGCGAAACUGAUCCUAAAUCUGUGACUAAGGGCAAGCCAAUGCAACGCAUCAUCAAUGAACCACAUCAGCCAACCUAUCACAGCAGCCUACCGACCAACACAACAACCACAAACCAAUCAAAGAACUGGACAACCAAUCAAUUAAGCAUGCAACCAAUUACCAUAAGUGCUCAGGUUACCAGGGAAUCCCCUGUUAAGCAUUCCAUGUGAUCCCACUCUCCUCAUACUUGGGUUAUUAUACUGAACAGAAAUAUAAAUGCAACGAUUUCGUCCUCGCACUGUUAAAUGCGUUUAUUUUCAGCAAACUUAACAUGUGUAAAUAUUUGUCUGGACAUAACAAGAUUCAACAACUGAGACAUAAACUGAACAAGUUCCACAGACGUGACUA